AUGAGACAAAAAAAUAUUCAAAAAGUUCCAACUUGUAUGAGCACUUAAAUCAUUAGAGCAAAGUGGAAUAAGAAGGAAGAUAAUUUGCUAAAAAAAGGCAUAAGAAUAUGUGGAAUGAAUUGGAUGGAAAUAGCAUAAUACGUACCAAAUAGAAAUCCUAACUAAUGUGCCCAAAGAUGGAAAAGACUUCAAGGAAAGAGAGUAAUAAAGUUGAAUUAUAUAUUAGAGUAGAAAAAAUUAACUAUGGCAGCCUGAAGAAGAUGAAUAGCUUAUAUAUCUUGUUUAAAAAAUAGGAAAAAAAUGGUCUAAAAUUGCUGAAAUGUUUCAGAAUAGAACUGGCAAAUAAUGUAGAGGUCGAUACACUAAUACACUUGAUCCUGAUUUAAAAUUAUAAGACUUUACUUAAGAAGAAGAUUAAUUAAUAUACGAAAAGUACUUAGAGAUUGGUCCAAAGUGGUCUUAAAUAUAAAAAUUACUUUAAGGUAGAUCGGUAAUAUAAAAUAUUUACACUAGGAUAGUUAAAUAAAGAAUAGGUUUUAUAGUCGCAUCAGAACUUAGUACCUUUAGAUAUAAAACCCAUAUUAUUCAAAAUUAACUCCAUUUUAGUCGAGAAAGAUUUUGGAAAAAGCUAGAGAAGACCAUUUAAAAAACAUGGAGUCUUCAAAAAAAGCAGAAAUUAUAUUUGAUUAAAAUGAUUUUCAUAGAAAUGAACUAAAUUACUCAGGUAAUUUAAAUUUCUAGGAUAACUCAAAUUAUCAAUACGAAUAUUAUUCUGAUAUGAAUUAAGAUGGCUUAAGUAUGGAUUUUUAAUACAUCGAAUGA